CCAUCCUCCCUGACCCGGUUUGACAGCAACGGUUCAAGAGCAGGAAAUCAAGCACGGUAAAACGAGUGACGAGAUUCUCCCUGCCAUUCAACACCAGCGACCCCCAGCUUCAAGGUCAAUUUUUUGAAUAACCAGACUCGCAUAAGCGCUUGGCACGGGUAUGCAGAAGAACAACAUUUGAACGGUUAAUUGUUUCCCAUCAAUUGUUUGCGCGCGCCUCGGAGAUCCGGCAUCCAUAGCAUUGUGGAUGGCUUCAUCUGAGGUGGACCAGAAGGCUUUGGCCAACGUCGCGGCCGCCACGACCUUCGAAAGUCCUUUGUUGUCAGCAAUGUUAUACAAGAUUCUCGGCUUAUCAAUUAUGUUGUCGAAAAAGCUCCUUCGUGCGCGGCGGCUGCGGCGACUGGAUCCGACUCGCGAGACCAAGUCUCUUCAGUUAUACCAUCAUGUUAUCUGGCUCUCCCGCGAAGGGCUUGUAAUACUGGAACAGUUUGUGUUCCCGAUGGUCCAUGUCUCCGUCGAAUUACAGAUCCUUGCAUAUAAACUCAGAGCUUCCUUUUACCAUAUCUUCGUCUUGUUCCACAACCAACCGGCCAUCCAUUCGCCGGGGAUCCUCAGCCUUGCGGGAAAUCCCGCCAGCAGAUCGGAAUCGCCCUCCAAAGACUCGAUGUCGCGGUUCUCCUUUCAAGGGAGAGGAGAGGAAUUGACAGUUCCCGAGCGGCAUUCUUCCUCCAGGAACUCUUCCCGAGCAAAAGUGGCCAAGGCACCUCCGGGCCUCGCACCCGUCCGACCCUCCCACACGGCGGCCUUCCUCCUCCCAGCCCUCGACUAUACCCCCACUGCAACAGCCUGCUUUGAUCAAGCAGUGCUUCUAGCGGAUCAAUUCCUUCCAGGCUCCCACCCGCUCCGCUUAUCCAUCAAACUCGAAUAUGCAGCCUACCUCUACGACUGCCUCCACGACUCGCACGCUUGCCGCCGCCUCGCCAAGCAAGCAAUCUCCGACGUAUACAACGCACAAGAAGGCAUGGACGACGAGAGCUUCACGGACGCAGCCGAGAUCGUGCGAGUCCUCGGCAAGAUGGUCAAGCGCGGACGGAAGACGAGCACCCUCGAAGGCGGCAGUACGACAACGCCGUCGAUGACACCCGGUGGCGAGAAUUCGAGAAGUGACGGUAGUCGCAGCCAAGCCGAAACCCCACCGCCCAGAAGGGCCUCGCAGCCCAAGGCGAAAGUCGCAGCCUCGAGACUCCCGAUCCCUGUCAAAAUGGGCCAGAAGGCGUGGCCGCCUGCUGUGCCUGAUCCAACCAUUAUGAAUCCUAUUUAGGUGUUUUACCUCCGUGCAGAAGACCGUUACGAGUGAUGUGAAAUGUCUUGACCACGACUAUUAUUAUAUAUGACGACUGGAAUUGCGAUUCGUUCACAAAUUUCCUUUCCUGUUUCUUACCUCCUGUUUGUAUACUUUUUUUCAUUGUGGGGUAGAGCAUGGGUUUCCAUAAUACCAGCAUGAUGUAG